UUUUGUAGGUGUUGUUGUAACGUGUUAUGUACUGAUUCCAGUUGGAGGGACGAUGGACUUAGUGGACAGAUUUGAUGUCGUGAUGUAUGCGGCCCUUACUGAUGUGCGGCCCUCCCAGGCCGGGCAAUGGUUGUGGGACAAUGACUUGGGAGGUGAAACCGAGGAGGCGCACGCUGAAGUAGUUCCAUGGUUCUCCAACUACCUAGAUAAAGCCUGGCAAGACUUCAGCAACAGGCGUUUAUAUUACAGCCCUGCAACUGAUUUUAUGGAAAUUUGGCGGUUCCCCACCAAGGAGCAUGCUAGGAAAUUAUGUCGCGUCGUGGCCCCGCCAGAAAUCAGUAAGGUUUUGUGGCACUCGUAUGGUGGACCGUGGGGCACCCUGGAUCUUGAGAAGGACUGA